AGCAACAUGUCUAGCACCACGACUGCAACGAUUACACCCGCCAACUCUCUCGUAUUGGAAGCGACGAAUUCUCGGUCCCCAGAAAAUGACCGGCCAAAGUCCCCAGAACCGCAGCUCCGAAAGGUCGUUGUGCUCAGCCAGCUUUUUGCGGUGACUCUAACAGCCAGCGUGAUCAAUGGGCUCGUCAUUGUCGGUCUGCCAACUAUCACCAAGGAUCUCCAACUUCCCCCUUCUCUAUCCUUCUGGCCUUCAUCGGUGAAUAGCCUCGCGACCGCCUCCACCCUUCUCUUUGCGGGGUCCCUGGCAGACACUGUGGGUCCACGAUGGGUCGAACUCGUGGGUUCCUUUGCCAGUGGCGCAUUGAUGAUCGGUCAAGGUCUGGCUCGCACCGGGCAGGAGCUGGUGGUUUUGAGGGCACUCCAGGGUGUCGGUCUCGCAAUGCACUUGGCCUCUUCGAUCUCCAUCGUGACGCAGCUUCUGCCUCCAGGAAGAAGUCGCAAUGUCGCUUUCUCGUGCUUGGGGGUUAGCCAACCCCUUGGAUUCUCUUUGGGCCUGGUGGUCGGGGCGUCGGGGUGGUUCCUUUCUGGCGGUAUCACGCUCGUAUUCUCAGUUGCCGGUCUCUGGGCUUUGCCUCGGAGUAAGAGCACGCAGUACUCAGAUCUUCUUCACAACAUCAGGACUAAAAUCGACUGGGUUGGUGCUGGACUGGCCUCCGCAUUCAUGGCAUUGCUCUGUUAUCUCCUGGCUAUUCUAAGCGCCGACCCCUCACGGAUCAAAUCUGCCGGUAGCAUGGUCUUUCUAUGUCUGGCUGCCCUUGCGCUUCCGUCGUUUAUCGGCUGGGUCCACUACCAAGUCAAGAGGAACAAGCCAGCUCUCAUUCCCAAUGCACUGUGGAAGAACAUCGCCUUUUCCAGCAUCUGCGCGUCUCUCGCCAUCUCAACAACAGUCGUCAAUUCAAUGGAGCUCUUUGCCAGCUUAUUCUUCCAAGAAGUCCAAGGCCUCUCGGCGCUGGACGCCUCCGUCCGCAUCCUCCCCAGCCUCAUCGUCGGCGUCCUCCUGAACCUCGUCAUCGGCGUCUUCGUGCACAAAGUGCCCGCGUUCUGGAUCGCAACGGUCACCUCCCUCCUCUGCGCCGGUUCCCCCUUACUCAUGGCCGUUAUCCAGCCGUCCUGGCCUUACUGGGGCAAUGCCUUCGUCGCGCAGCUCCUGCAGGCGGUCAGCUUCAACGCUCUAUACACCAUCGGCCUAAUCAUUAUUACGAAUAGUUUCCCAGAUGACACGCAGGCCCUAGCGGGUGCCGUCUUCAACACGGCCGCGCAGUUCGGGAGUGCCCUGGGACUGGCCAUUCUGCAGGUUAUCUCAACCGUCGUGACGGAGGAGUCUGGCGCUGAUGAGACCGGUGCGCUGAUGGCUGGCUACCGCGCCAGUUUCUGGACUAUGUUUGGGUUCAUGAUUCUUUGUACCCUUGUCGGGUACUUUGGGCUGAGGAAGGCGGGUAAGGUCGGCUUGAAACGGGAUUGAGGGCCUGUAGCCCUUCAAAGCCAUCUGCGGUACAUAUCGCUUACUGGAACCAACGGCAAUGCCCUACAUCUGGUUGUGUUGGCUGCGGCGAU